UGCCCUGGUACUUAACACACCAGGACAUACAUUUACGCCUUGUACAUGACACUCGCACCGGACCAGUGCUCACAUCAUGCAUGGGAGAUUGCGGCUACUAGCAGCAGCCAUGGACCUGCCGGCAAUGGCGGACAUCAGCAAUCGCGCUGAUGUCCGCCAUUAACCCGUAAAGAAGCAGGGAUCAAUACAGAUCAAGGAAUUACCUAAUAAAGUGUCCAGUUUCCAGCUCCACUCACAGUUGUGAUACAACAUCUCCGGCUUUCAGUAUUAAAACCACAAGAAAAUCAAAGCUAAUAAAAUGAACAAUACCUUAAAACACUGGAGGGAGGCUGCCACCCUCAUUUUAGCAGCUGGGUGCCAACAUCUAAGUGCCAUGCCAAAAAUAACAACUCAAGGUCCCUGCGACAGUCAUCAGAAGAACACUGCUUUUGAUUACAAAGUUCUUUUACUACAACGCAGUAAGAAAAGUGGGUUCAUGCCCAAUGCGUAUGUGUUCCCCGGAGGACUUGUGGAACCUUCAGACUUCUCCAACGAUUGGGUGAAAGUUUUUGAGAGAUAUGUUGAUAAGCCUAACUUUGGUCUUGGUAUUGUGAAGCAGCCUCCUGACACUAGGCCUCCUAUGUUUCUCACAGACAGGACGAAGUUUGGCUCCUUGAUCCCCAACGAGGUAGCCUUCCGGAUCUGUGCUAUAAGGGAGACAUUUGAAGAAUCUGGUAUUUUAUUAGUGGUUCCUGAGAAUUCUGAUAUUGAGGACAAUCAGAAGUUAAAGGCCGCUUAUGAGGAAAAUGGAGAAACAGUGGCCAAGUGGAGAGAGGAGGUUCAGAAUGAUCCCCUGCGGUUCAUUGAAAUGUGCAAGGAACUACAAUGUGUUCCUAAUAUAUGGGCCCUUCAUGAAUGGGGCAAUUGGCUGACUCCUGUGUUCUCUAACAAUUCAAGAGCCAGACGCUAUGACACAGCUUUCUUUAUCUGCUGUUUGCCAAGGAAGCCAGUUACAUCGAAUGACCAGAAAGAAGUGACCUCCUUCAUAUGGUUGACUCCGCAGGAAGCUAUAGAAGGACAUCGAAACAAAACCUGGGUUCCUCCACCUCAGUUCGUUGAGUUCAGCAGACUGUGUAACUUUACCCACUUUCAGGAGCUGCAGGAAUUCACUCUGCAUCGUGCCUUGGAAGGCUGUGAAAGAUGGUUUUCUGUUGUUGUACAUGCCAGGGAUGGCAUGAUACAUAUUCUGCCAGGAGAUGAUCUCUACCCUGAUGAUCCUGAUGUCACUGGACAGACAGAAAAAACAUACUCCACAAACAAAACCAUAGAAGAGCUUGUUCGGGAUAAAAAGAAUAUCAACAGAUUCUUACUUGUGGAUGGGGUACCGCAGUGUCUUGUAACUAUACAGCCGAAAUAUAAGCAUAUUAAACCAGUCAUGUUGCAACUCCAUAGCGGCACAGAGCCCAAGAGCCAGCUGUGAUAAGCAGAAAUAAGUAUCAUCUCUACUUCUCCUAAAACUCUGGUCUGAUAAAACAAAAAUUUUAGUUUUUGGCCUGAAUUCUAAUUGUCAUGUCUCAUAGAAACCAGACACUAAUCAACUCCUGUCCAAUACAUCCGUACAUUAAAACACAUUAGUGGCAGCAUCCUGCUUGUGGAGGUGGGACAGGGAGACUGCUACUUUGCUUUUCCUCAUCCAUGACCAAAGUUCUAUAUUCUAAAUGAAAACCUGACACAGAGUGCUCAGGACCUCAGACUGGGCCAAAGAUUCAACUUCCAACAAGACAAUGACCCUAAGCACACAGCUAAGACAACACAGGAGUGGCUUAUGGAUAACUCUGUGAAUGUUCUUGGGUGGCCCUGAAAGACCUGAGACCUGAAAAUGUCCGUCCGUUGAUGAUCACCAUCCAACAAAGCUGUCAGAGCUUGAGUAUAUGUAGAAAAUCCUAAAAUCAUCAGGAUGUGCAACCAUGUGGCAUCAUGCACAUUAAGAUUGGAAGUUGUAAUCCGCUGGCAAAGGUACUUCAACUAAGUACUGAGUAAAGGGUCUGAAUACGUAUUAGGGCUGGGCGGUAUACCGGUUCGUACCGAAUACCGAAAUUUUUGUGCUGCACGAUAUGUAUUUUAACCCAUACCGCAAUACCGGUUUGGCCCCUCCCCCUCGGGAAUGAAUGAAUCAGCCCAGCGCUGCGCUGUCCCCACAUCGGUGUGACCUGCGAGCGCUGUUCUGCCCCCCCCCCCCAAUUAAUUAUUAGCCCAGCGCUGUCCCCAUCAGGGUACUACUCACAUGUCACCCGCAUGCACUGCCCUCCUCAUCCUGUUUGUUGCGGCCGCCGGCGCUGACACUCUAUACCAGUGGUCUCCAACCUGCGGACCUCCAGAUGUUGCAAAACUACAACUCCCAGCAUGCCAACAUCUGGAGGUCCGCAGGUUGGAGACCCCUGCUUUAUACUGUGCAGUAU